ACUGUUUAAAAUGUCGUAAAUCUGCACCGACAAAGCGAGAUAAACAACAGCGCCCGCUUGGCAGAACUGAAAACAUUGGCGAAAAUUCGGUGCUCAGACGGCAUGGCCGCGUCCUCGUCAUCCUCCUCUGCGGGAGGUGUCAGCGGGAGCUCGGUGACCGGGUCUGGGUUCAGUGCCUCGGAGCUCAUCCCCCCUCGAAAAGUCCUUUAUACAUAUCCAAAAGGUGCAGGGGAGAUGAUGGAGGAUGGCUCUGACAGAUUUUUAUGUGAAUCUGUAUUCAGCUACCAAGUUGCAUCAACACUGAAACAGGUGAAGCAUGAUCAACAGGUAUCGCGAAUGGAGAAACUGGCAAGUUUGGUUGAAGAGCUGGAAGCAGAUGAGUGGCGGUAUAAACCAAUUGAGCAACUACUGGGAUUUACACCAUCAUGAAUAAAGACCUUAUUGUUAUCUUUGGCUGACAUUUCAGCCACAUAAACUGCUUAGCAUGGGAAAAUGAUGCAAAUAUUUUCCACUCAAAAGUUCUAUUCUGCUUUAAUUUCAUCUCCAGACGUGGGAAAUAAAUAUAUCAGCAGAUAUUGAAUGCAAGUUUUUGUAUUUUAUCUCUGAUUUUAUAUUGUAUGUGCAUAGUUCUUUUUUUUGUAUCAAAUUAUUUUGACCUUAUGCCUUCAUACCUGAAUAAACCAUGUACCUGUCAACAAAGCCGGUAUAUUACACUUUUU